GAGUAGAGAGUGUGUGACAAACAAAUGGAUACUGGUAAUGGCACUUCAAGUCAAUAUGAAGGGAUAUUUGGGCAAUGGCUGUAAGCCUUAUGAAUGUUUUAAAAGUGGAUGGCAAUGUGGUGUUAUACAUUUCAGUACAAAUUAAUUAAUUGUGUAACAUUGCAGAAGAACCAAGUGCUGUGGUCUGAGAGGAAGACAGCAUAAGCGUCGUUAAAAGUAAGUGCUUGUAUCCUGGAUGUUAAUUUUGUUGGUUCAUACUUGGAUAUUAUAAGCCACAUCAUAGGAAAUAUAAUAUUAGUACUCACUCAGAAACAAUAUCUAAAUGAAUGGAUCUGAAGUUGAUGAAAAAUAUAUUCUCCUCUUAACAAUAUUAAAGGCUUGCCUCUGUACAGCCAUAUGAAUAUUAAUGCUAAAUAACAAUUGUAUGUGGCUAAUCUUUGGUAGCUUGUUUGCAGGAAUAUAAAACUACAUCUUAAAUCUAAACUGUAUCUGCUACUUUACUCUGCAGUUAUCAUUCAAAGAACUAGCUUGACAUUGAACUGUUGUUGCUUUCAGUUGUUUCAGAUUAGCACUGUUUUGAUAUAUUUACUUAGGCACGAUUGUCAGCUGUGAGUUUCCAUUUACAAUGUGCUAAAAUGAACUCUACUGCAAACUCAGAGCAGCAGGGUGUGCCUGUUAGUGCACCCUUCCCAUCUCAGCCCGCAGCUUACUCAAUCAACCUUCCGCCUGGUGCUGUCUACCCUUCACCUCCAUACGGUCAAGUCCCUAUGCCACCAGGGUAUAUUCCAUUUCAAAUGCCACUUCACAUGCCACCUCAGGUGCCCCCACAGUAUCCUCCCCAGAUGCCAAUGCCUAUUCUUGAAAGAGCACCAGGCUGCCCACCAGGGUUGGAGUAUCUCACCCAAAUUGACCAGCUUCUUGUUCAUCAGCAGAUGGAGCUGAUGGAAGUGAUGAUGGGAUGGGAAACCAAUAACAAGUAUUUGGUGAAGAACAGUCUGGGACAGCAGGUGUUUUUUGCUGUGGAGGAAAACGACUGCUUCAGCCUGCAGUGUUGUGGACCCAUGCGAUCAUUCGUCAUCAACAUCCAGGACAACAUGGGCCAGACCGUGAUGUCUUUGAUAAGACCACUCAAAUGCAGUGCCUGCUGCUGUCCCUGUUGCCUCCAAGAGGUAAUCCGACGUGCUUCCAUACGUUUGCAAUUGGACUGGCGUGACAUCGAACAGUGCUAG